AUGGUCUCCGAGUCCUCAUGGCCAGCGGACUAUGCGCUGAUGGAUCCGGACCUUGAAGGAAUGCAGCGAGUGACAGCUUCUCUGGCUGAUUGGAGACUAGAUGUCUACGGUCAGCUCUCUCCCAUCCUGCUCCGUCUCAAUGAAGAGCGCCAGUCGUUGAAGCGAGGCACGUCGAGCACCGACAGAUCGCUCGACGAACUGUUUUCAACUAUAUCGGCACUGUGUGAUACUGUCCAGAUCAUUACACAACUGGGGGCAAGCUCCAUGCCAAGCAGGAAUGCCUUUCCUGAGGAGCCACAGCCAAGCGGGCAGGGAACGCUGAUGCUUGCCCUGACUGCAGUGUGCAUGAGCAUCGAGAUAUACGAGCUUCUGGCCGCGGGACCAGAGGACAAGGCGCUCCUGUUCCAAGGGGUGAAUGACCCUGACCGACGUGAUUCAAUCUUCGGAAGCAGCUUUGAAAGGCAUUGCGAGGGGUCAUCCGUCCAGAACUUCCCGUCGGCAGUGCAUCGUCCACCGUCCCAUACUACAGGAAGGGCUGGACGGGCUACGAAGUUGGAUUCAGAAAUUGAUUGCACGAACAUGAGUCCAACGGUCGCCAAGAAAGCAUAG